AUGAGAGUGGCGCUCGAUGGCGAAGGCGGCUACGUACUGGAUCAGGAGGAGGCGAUCAGCGACUUGCUGCAAGAACAUGGCCUCACAAACGCAAACACGACACUUGCGCCGAUCGGUGCCGACUGCUAUGAAGUGCAGCCGAUCGACAGCGUGCAACUUGAGGCCACGAGCACAAAUGGAGCACCUACAAUUAGAGAAUUCCAGUCGCUCGUCGGAUCUCUGCUUUGGGUCGCGCGUUGUACGAGGCCCGACAUUGCGUUCGCCGUUCACAAGACGACGCGACAGACGCACCAACCGCGGCUUCACGAUUGGAAGCUCGCGAAGCGUGUGGCUCGCUACCUUCAGGGGACUAAGACGAUGAAGAUUAACAUGAAGCCAAGAGAUGUCAGGUGCGCGUCAACCAAGCUCGAGUCAUUUCGCGACGCCGACUUUGCCGCAGAUAAGAGCGACAGGAAGUCGUUGACCGGAGGCAUCAUCCUCCUCAACGGCACGGCGAUCAGCUGGAGCUCCAAGAAACAAGGUAGCGUGUCCCUCUCAACAAUGGAAGCCGAGUUUGUGGCGGCGUCAGAGAUCGCUCGUGAGCUGCUGGGCGUGCGCGCGAUGCUUAUCGAGAUUGGAAUGGCGCCAGAGCUACCGAUGUUGAUGCACGUCGACAAUCAAGCGGCAAUUCGACAGCUCGAGGGUGAGGCGUCGUCACUCAAGGCAAAGCACAUUGACGUGCGAGUCAAGUUUGUCUGCGACUUUGCUCGGCGCGGUAUCGUGCGUGCGCAGUAUGUGAGAUCGGAGCUAAUGCUCGCUGAUCUGCUCACGAAGGCACUUGACCCACACAAGCUGGCGACGAUGCGCGCUUUGGUGCACCUCGGUUUGAACGGUAAGUCGUAG